GCUGCUACCUUGCCCCUGGCUAUCCACGACGCCAAGUGGCACCACAUCUGCGUGACCUGGUCGACGCGGGACGGCAUCUGGGAGAGCUACCAGGACGGGGUGCGGCGGGGCAGCGGGGAGAACCUGGCCCCCUGGCACCCCAUCAAGCCAGGGGGUGUCUUCAUCCUGGGGCAGGAGCAGGACACGCUGGGCGGCCGCUUCGACGCCACGCAGGCCUUCAUCGGGGAGCUGGCCGACUUCAACGUGUGGAGCCACGUCCUGGCGCCGGGCGAGGUCUACAGGCUGGCCACCUGCGCCGGCCGCGCCCGCGGGGAUCUCGUGGCCUGGGCCGAGGGCGCCGUAGAGCUGCACGGGGGCGUGGCCAAGCUGCCCUUCAACGCCUGCCACUGA